UCGUCGUCUGCCAAACGGCUUACCAUAAUGGUUGCUGCCAAGAAACAGAAAAAGACCAUCGAGUCUAUUAACUCGCGCCUGGCGCUGGUGAUGAAAUCCGGCAAAUACUGUUUGGGCUACAAACAGACCCUGAAGACCCUUCGCCAGGGCAAGGCCAAGCUGGUGAUCAUCGCCAAGAACGCUCCCCCGUUAAGGAAAUCCGAGAUUGAGUACUAUGCUCUGCUUGCAAAGACCGGAGUCCACCACUACAGUGGAAAUAACAUUGAGCUUGGCACUGCAUGUGGAAAGUACUACAGAGUAUGCACAUUGGCCAUCACAGACCCUGGUGACUCUGAUAUUAUCACGACGCUGCCCGAGGCACAGGCUUAAUUAAAUAAUAUAAGUUAAC